AUGGCAUCGGGCGGCAAAAGAGGCAAACCUCGUACUCUUGCUGUUGGUGUCGUCGGCAUUGGACGUAUUGGGCGCCAGCAUGCUCUCAAUGCCUUGCACAAUGUCAACCGCACCGAACUGCUAUGCGUCUGCUCUCCAGCACCUCAAGAUCUGGAAUGGGCUGAUGAGCAUCUGAUCCCCUACGGUGUAAACGUUUAUAAGACUUUCGAAGAAAUGAUUGCGGAGCCAGGUCUUGAAGCAGUUAUCAUCGCCUCGACCACAAAAUUCCAUCAUGAUCAGGUCCGGGAGUGCAUCAAACGCGGCUUAUCGACAUUGUGCGAAAAGCCAUUGUCUAUGACAGUGGCUGAAGCCCGUGAUAUUGUCGAGUUUUCCCGGAAGCAAGAGAAUGCACAUAUCAAAGUGAUGACGGCAUUCUCGAGGAGAUUUGAUGAUUCUUACCUCAAUGCUGUGAAGGCCAUUGAAUCUGGCAAGAUCGGCACCCCAGUUGUUGUCCGCAGCGAGACAAGGGACAUGUUCGACGACAGCCCUUUCUACCAUCGAUACGUCAUGGGAAAUCCCGGGAUUUUCAUCGACACCGCCGUGCACGACAUCGACCUGACCCUUGCGUUCUUAGGCAACGGCCUGCGGCCAAAGUCGUGCCAUGCCAUUGGCAACAUUGCGCGACACCACAAGCUGGCCGAGAUUGCCGAUGUGGACAAUGCAACCGGCUGUGUAGAAUGGUAUCCACCGUCGCCUGGCGCAGUUGCCCCCAUCUCGUAUUAUUUUUUCUCCCGCAUAAUGCAUCAUGGUUUUGACAACCCCACGGAGAUUAUCGGCACAGAGGGGAUGCUCAAGAUCAACCUGCACCCUCACCGAGACUUGAUUACUACAGGUGACAAGAACGGCAUUGGCAACGACGUAAUGCCUGACUUUUAUGAACGCUACGAAAAAGCUUUCGUGACUGAGCUGCGGGUCUUCGCGGACGCAGUGCUGGAUAACAAAUCGUUGCCUUACGAGCUCGAUGUGGCUGUCAAGGGUAUGGAAAUUGCUGCAGCGCUCCAGGAGAGCUUAAGGACGGGGAAGAAGAUUGAAUGGGACGAGACUGGGAAUCGGAAGACCCCAACAGAGAACUUGAAGAGCCAUAUUUAG